UGACUGGUCCAGUUGUCCGUGUCGCCGUCGUCAUCAUCAUCAUCAUGCAAACAAAGGAAAAAGAUGAACCUUCUCACGAGAAAGAAUGGAGGUCAAGUCGAGUCACACACGAGGGGAUCGAUCACGGCGAUUCUCUCUCGCCUUCAGCAGGAAGAUAAUGCAUAUGGAAGAUGUCCAAGCUAAUUUUUGUGGCAUAGAGGAAGAGGGUGUCUCCAUUCAUUCCCUCAGCUGCCAAUUUCACAAGCUAUCCACUGCUUGUCCAAAUCCCUGGUGACCUUUGUUUGCUCUUAUUUUUGGGAGAAAUUGAAACGUCCCUGGGAGGGAGUAGUUGAGGUUUGAACUACUAAGGAGGUAAAAAUCAUGUCUGAUAACGCCCAUCAAAUGGAAAGAAGCUAUUCAAUCCGGAGCCUUUCAAACAGAGGUGGUUCUGGUAUGCAGCAACUUAAUCACAUCUACUGCAAUUCGAGAUGACUAGCAGUUAUAUGGUGGAAUCAGGAUUCUUUGUGUCAUCCUUCGCUGCUACUAUGUUCAUAGGUGCAUUGGCAACGGUUGGGAUCUUGUUAAUCAGCUUGCUGGUGGUGUUAGCAGUGAUGUUGCAAUCUUGUGAAAGUAAAAAUUCAGGGGUUGUUCAAAGUCAGAAGUUAAUUUAUUAUCACAGAAUUUGCAACAUAUAUGCUCAGCAUGCGGAGCUCAGUGGCUUGAAAGAACAUGACUGUCCUCCCUUCUGCGGGGUUCUUGCUAAGCAAUACAUCAAAGGAGGUCUCUAUGCUAGAGAAUUAAAUGUCACAAAUGCAGUGAUUCAGAAUUACCUCGGUGCUGUCACAGCAGUAGAUGGUGGUCUAGAUGUUGUUUUGAUGGAUGCAGAUGACAUUUUAUCUCUACAUCCUCUUAACGUUGAUCUGGUCACAAACAGAUUUGAAAAUUUUGACAGUGAGAGUUUUGAAGAGGCAAAUCAUUUAAAGCAAAGUUAUCUCCUUCAACUGUACACGGAGUUGCAAGCACGUGGGUGGACUUUGGUUUUCUUUUCUAGAAAAUCCCAAAGAGAACAGAAUGUCGCCAGGGAGAUCAUAUAUUCUGCAGGAUUCAGAAGUUGGUAUUCUUUGAUUAUGAGAUCCGACGAUGAACUGCAAAUUGAUAGCAGAACGUACUUUUCCAGGCGAAGGGAAGCAUUGGAAAAGGAUGGUUUCCGGAUUGCAGGCGUAAUUAGUAGCCACAUGGAUGCUUUAACAGGUCCAUUCUCAGGGAAGUUGAUAUUAAAGAUUCCAAACCCAAUUUGUUACAAAUAUUCGUCGGCACAUUGACAUCCAAAAGAAGCAGUAUUGGUAUCACUCCAUGGUGGAUGACUGUUUCAAGUCACUGAUGCUUUGAACGUCAAUCCACUCGACUUAACCAUGCCUAAAUCAUGAUUAUCUCCAGAGCGAUUAUAUGGUGGAUGGUUGCCGAAGUGAUCAAAUUAAGUCUUCGCCGCGUAUGAGGAGAGUGAAGUACCUAUCUUCAAUUUUUCAUUUCUAUCUCUGGUUAGAAUCCACUACUAUUUGCGUCCCUUCUCUGGCAGUUCAAAGGGAAGGAAGGUAAAUGAUGUUGUUCAUGAUGAUUUCUUUUAUACCGGUUGCUGUAGGUUUUAUGUCAAGGAACUCAUAUACGAAUUUAAAAUGUGUAUUACCAAAAAUAUACAGCACGACUACAUUUCAGCUACUGUUAUAUUAAACGGGUUUUUUGCUUGCUUUUGAAACUA